AUGCACCCCUUCUCCGUCGUCACCCUUGCGAUAUUUGUAGCUGGCUACGGUACUGCUCGAUGGGAUCUUGUGACGCGCCUCUACGAACUCGCUCUCUUUGCAUGGGAUAAGGGCGUCAUCUGCCGCAGCGCUCAAGGAUUCGGUCUCCUGACCCUGCUGUUUCUGGUAGUUCUUCUGCCCGUGCAACAUCUCGCCCGACAAGAAGCCGAACUGCUGACCAAGGACUCUCCCAUGUUGCAGCAUCCCCGCUCUCCCAGCGCCGGAGUAUCAGCCCGCGAACAACUCAGGCGCAGAGGCUCCUUCUGA